CUUCCUGUAUAAUUUGUUUUUUUCUUUUCUUUCAGACUGGUACAAUCAUUUCAAACCAAUCUUGAUAAAAGACAAGAUUCUAAUGACAGUAGUCAAACCAUUGCCACGUGUAAUUUUGGCAACUAACCCGUUUAUCCUGUUUGAUAUCAAAGUUACGAAGAACAACAAGGAGUCGUGCUCAACUGGCGCAGCAAUUUUGGUAAAACUACUCCCGCCACCUUUACCCCCGCUACCUAUCAACGACGGAGGUUUUUCAUUCCAACGUAACACUUACGUAGCUUUCUACAAGGGCGAUCUGGAACUAACAUUCCAACAACCAAUAUUGCUCGUUGGACAAGUCAAUAGUGUUAUACUGAGGAUGCAAAACAGCAAUUACACUAAUUAUUUCUACGUUAAAUCGCCUUUCCGUAAACUGGUGACUAUACAGUUGAAGCAAACUCUGAAACGUACCGAUUUUGACAAUGGAAUAAUUCUGUUCGACAUAGUUGCUUUGAGUACCAAUUCGUUAAAUUCAGCCACUGCGUCAGUGGUGGUUGUUUGGGAUGGGCCCAAAACUAUACUAAUUUUCUUUACUGAUUAUCUAUCAGGUUUUGUGUAUAUCUUCCUUUUACUGACGAUCCUUCUUGCUAUAUGUGCAGCCAUCGGUUUUAAACUAAUGCACAAAACAAGACGCCCUGUACCAUCUACAGCCCUACAACCACCACCACCUUAUACACCAAACUCUGAGGAAAAAUAACACCUUAUUCAAUUGAUGCAAUAAUAUUCUUUAGUACUCACCAUUAAAUUAGUAACAUAUUGAUAUAAACAAGUAAAUAAUAUGUAUUUUAAAAAUAAAUAAAUUAUUAUAUAGUAACGUA